AUGCCUCAGGAUAUGCCGCCCGUGGGUGGCUACGGCCCCAUCCAGUACAAGAGGAACCUCCCUUUCCGCGGCUUCCGACCCCGGACCUACCUGCUGGCCAUGACGGUCGUUAUGGGCUACGGCUGGUACCAACUCGUAAAGGAAGAUGUGGGCGCGUAUCCAUAUUCUCCCCUACUCCAGGCGGAAGAGGACCGCGACCAGGUGAGGCGACAUCUCGCCGAUCAGGCUCGCGAGAAGGAGCUCUUGGGCGAGAACUUGCCCGUGUACAACACCAACAGAUUCGUGAGGCCAACGUUUGCGGCCACCCCUGGCAACCUGACGAAAUAA